GUCCUGAUUGGAUCAGGCAGACAAUACCUCAAUGACGUUAUCUCUUCGUGUUUGUAUGAUCCUGCUAUGCAAAUCAUAGGCAUUUGAACAAGGAAGUUUAAAAGUGCCAACUAGGAGAGCUCUCCCUUUACUAUACCAUCCUAGGUCUGGCAACAUUCCUGGGCAGAGGCACACUAUAGACAUGUUUUAAGCUGGGUCUUCUGCGUCAUCAGGUAAAAAGUGUCGUUGUAGUUGAUGAUAAACACACAAUUAUUGCGCUGCAUCAAAUCUGACAAGAUGGCAAGCUCUGGCGAACCCUACAGAAUCCGUACUGUUGACGAUAUUCUGAAGAUCCCCAGACAUGCGAACUGCCAUGGAAAUCCUCAGGCGCUGGGGUCUUGGAACGAAAGGCCUAAAGAGCAAGGACAUGGCGAUAGAGAUUAUCAUGGAUCACUGGAAGAAAAACAAGUCUACAUUGCAAGCGGAGGCACCAAAACAGGAUCGUAAUGGACUCCAUGAUGCCAUCGCCAAUGACGCUCAGUACAGAAAGUCACUCCGAACUUUCUAUGAUCAGUUACAGGAAUAUGUCAAUUCUCUACCCACAAACUACCGUAAGGAUCUGGAAGGAGUCUUCCCACAUAUCGCAAGAACAAUAGAGGAGAAAAAGCAAGACGUGGGCUCACCAGAUUGCACCAUCCUUGUUGCUGGUGAAACAGGGGCGGGGAAAAGCAGUUUUAUAAAUCUCAUACUGCAGAUCGAUCUACUACCAACAAAACAGCUGAGAUGUACAACAACUAUAGUAGAAAUGAAGAAAAGUGUAGACGGGAGGAAGACGGCCAAAGUAUACUACAAACUCCAGGAGGGAGAGCGACAUCCGAGAUCACCGACAGAGCUGGUGUUGGACACACAGAAUGCUCUAUAUGAUAUCCAAGCCAAAAUGAGUUUCGAGGAGGAUGGAGAAACACCAUAUGAAAGAAUCGAGAUCAGUUGGCCUUUUCCUGGCCUUUCAGAAGGGAUCGUCCUUGUAGAUACACCCGGUAUAGGAGAGAGAAGGCAGAUGACCAAGUUAGUGGAAAGGUACCUUACCAAAUCAUUUGGAUUCAUCUACAUUCUGAACACCGCAAACGCCGGAGGAAUCCAGAAAGGAAGGUUGCGAGACUUCUUGAGGAUGGUGGUGAACGCUGCUGACGAGGACUUCAAUCCUGCGUCCACAAUGUUUAUCGGCAAUAAGUGGGACCAGGUACCUGAUAGGGAUAAGGGCGAAGUCGAGGAUGGCAUCUUCAAUAAACUGGAAUUAUGUUAUCCUGGAAUACGCAGGGACCAGAUAUUCUAUAUGUCUGUCACAGAUUCCCAAAAAGCAGCUGCUUACGGUGGUAUGUCAGCACCACAUGUGGAAAUGUUACAUGGAAUGGAGCGAUUCCUACCUGCCAGCCUUAGGAACAAACUGAAUAUCCAUUACAGAUUCCUGUCUCAAGUUUUGAAGCGUUCCUUAUAUUCCGUCAAAGUUGCAAAAGGGAUGGCAGUUCAAGGAAUGGAACAACAAAGAGAGAGGAUUGAAUCGAUCAAACGCCAGAUGGAUAAACUCGAAAGGGAAGCAAGAUACAGUGUCGGAGAACUUCGAAGAGAACUUGAUGACGAGGUAGAAAACCUAUACAAGGCAACAGCCAAUUUUCUCAGAUCUAAAAAGUUUUCUCAGGAGAUGUUCAAUUGGUGCAAGAAUGAUUGUGUCCCGGCUAAUAAGGAGUGGAAUAAAACUGCUUCGGAAGCUAUCGAACGCAUUGCAAGUCGUGUAAUGUCAGAAAUCAACAUUUGGGAGAAAGACAUGAAAAUUACCGCUACCAUUAAACACAAAAUCAUCAAGAAAUUCAAGAAAGACUUUGAACUUAUGGAAGGUCAGAUUCAACAAAUUGAAGGAGUAUUGCUGGAUGGGGACACUCGAGCUGUGACCGACCUUCACAAAUCCAUGAAGAGGCAGGCCCCAGUAAGACAGAUCUGGAAAAGGGCAAGGACUGGAGACGAGGAUGACAUGAAAGGCCUGGGAGGAGUAAUCAGCAGUGUAGGGUCCAGUGCAUUAGAGAAGUACGCCAAGGCACUCUUCAAAAGCUAUAAAGCAGACGUAGCCUGUGAAAAGAUGUCCGUUGCUACGGAAAAAUUCAUCGAUUGCAUUUUUGAGAAAGAUGAAUUGAAGAAGAAUCUAAAACGAUUUAUCGGAAAAUUUGUAAAGGGGAUAGACAACAUUGCAAAAAUGAUUCCUGAAUUCGUGAGAGCUGAUACAGAACUGAUCAACAGAAUAGCAAAUGAAAUGGACAACAUGGAGGAUAAUUUGCGCAAUGUUUUCCCAAAUCUCCUCAGGCACAGUACUACCUUGCAGGGGAAGCUUGAUAUGUUCUUUGUUCAUAACAUAAUGGAAAGAGAUUACCGCCUGCGAGACAUAGAAUACAGCAAAGCAGAUUUACUGGGUAGCGGAUCAUUCGCAGACGUCUACAAGGCCAAACUUAAAGUUGCAAACCCUCCUAUGACAGUCGCAUUGAAGGUAUCCAAGGAUCCAUUGAAAGAAACAAAUAUCACAGACAUUCUACUGGAAGACAGAACAUCUCGGGAGCUGAAGCACCCCAAUGUUGUACAUUACCACGGGGCCGUACUGAGGAUGGACGGCACAGGAAAGCACAGCAAAGUGUUCUGGAUUAUGGUAUUGGAAUAUUGCACCGAUACUUUGAAGUCCGUAUUCAUUGAUGCGGAGUACGAAAAUCCAGGGAAGUGUCCUAUCUACCCGGACCAGGUGGAAGCCAUUGAAAGCAUGGCUAAGUACUUCGUUCAAAUCUGUGAAGGAGUUUCCUACUUUCACCGGAAAGGUCUUGUGCAUCGAGAUCUGAAAUUAGAAAAUAUCCUGAUUGACGAAAAGAAAAACGUCAAAGUAACUGAUGUCGGAUUGACUAAAGAAGCCAAGGCCAUCUCCGGAAGUACUGUCGGAAGUCCUGUCUAUAUGGCACCAGAGGUCCUCAACUCUCAAGGAGUUUACGACAGGAAGGCUGAUAUCUACAGUCUCGCCAUCAUCAUCUGGGAAAUGUGGUACGGAGUAGACGCUGCAACGCAUAUUCAACAGCAGCUGUUUGGAACGCUGGAAAAGGCUGUAAAACAGGGCCUGCGACCGUCAUUAUCAAUGUGCCACAAGCCUCCGGAGGACUGGGAAAGAAUCAUUAAACGUUCGUGGGAUUACGAUCCAAAAUUACGACCGGAAGCGAGUGAACUGAAGGAUUUUUUCAAUAAGUUUCUUAUCUCUGAUAGACGUUUCUGACCUGUCGAAAAGAUUUGUACCACACUUUUAGUCAAUAUUAGUCGCAGGUAUUCGUAGUUUUUACUUUUAGAAUAUCUAUAAGGACAUUUUCAAUCUAAGACUAUAAAUACCUGUGCCAUAAGUGUAUCACAUCUGUACAGAUAUCUUCGGAAUUUGUUUUUGAGAUCGAAAUGUGCUGAUUGAUUCUGUUCUAAAAUCAAAUUUGAAUCUGGUGUAAUUUCAAAAGUUUCUUUUAUUUUGAUUUUGGCCUUUAACACCCAAACAUUUGUGAUGUAUGAAGUUGCAUAAAUGUGUUAAAAACUAAGGCUGAGAUAAAAUGAAUUCUAGAACACCGUUGCCAGCUCCCAGUAUUCUCCCUCAUAACUCCGUCCCCCAUCUUUUCGCUAAUUCAUGGCAUUGACACAGAAAACAGACUAAUAACAUAUAAAGCAAUAUUCUGGGGGCAUCGACCAAGUCAUAUAUAUCACAUACGAAGUUUAUACAGUACGCGAAACCGUCACAGGCUCGCUGUUUUAGCAGUGAAAACGUAAACAACGAUCCUUUGUCUCCACUCGCGUCAUUAAUGUGCCUUAACUUGAGCAAAUCGCGAACUCUUCGCUGAAAUCAACACCCCACAACCAUAGAUUAGUUAUUGCGGAACAUGCAAAAAAUAAUUACAAUUAGAUUAGCUAUGGACAUCUCUCUCCAAUAUCGGAUCGAAAAAGUUCAUGCUUGUAUCUCUUGCCAUAUUCACGCUUCGCUCCCUCCGAGUGCGUCGACGCGCCACCUGAUGCAAGGGGACGCAAGUCUUGCGCCCUCUUAGUCCGUCAGCCGUCCUAACGGUGGUUAAAGGUCGAUGAAGAAAGGUUUGAUAAGAGUGACGAGAGGCAUGACCCAAGAGCCGAAAAAACAGCACUAGUUUGUUUAAUCAUAUUUAUAGGAAUCAUUACACUAUAGUUUAAAAACAUAAAUAGAUAUUGUCCGUGGCUGUUUUAACAUGCUCACUUAUCGCUAAUGGGCAUUGCAUGUUUUGGUAUUAUCGAUUUUCUUCUUACUUAUAUAUUCUUAUAAUUUCAUUUGGGUUGCAUCGCGCCUUUUGAUUUGUUCUUUUUAUUUCUGACUAUCAUGUGAUAGACAACAAAUAUAUAUAAGAUGUAUUAUUAUGAACAAACUCCUAAUUUUGUAAAAUAGCACUGGUUUAAGAGAAUGUUUAUGCGAUCGUUCUGUUUACAGUGAUAUUUUCAGCCAUUCACACUUCAAUUUUCAUCGAACGUAUGAACGGCUUAAUUGAAAUUGAGAUUGAAUUUAGCUUCUUUCUUGCGAACAGUGCGAAGGAAUUCUAAAUACGGACGCCUGUGUUUUGUCAACGUCAAAAUCAUUGCGCCAUUUUUUUUAGUAACAUAUUGAACAUAUUUUCGUGAUAGAUAUUUUCCCCGAAGGAAACUCGAUAACAAAGCGUUUAAUCGGAAUGUACGUCGGUUUUCAGUCUAUACAUCGAUAGACAUAAAUCCUGAAAUAUUGUUUAUCAAAUUAUAAAAUGAUAGCAAGGAUGUAUAUGUAUAACAAGGAUAAUACAAUUUGAGUCCAUAUUCUUUCGCAUUGCGUACCAGCAAAGACAAUACUACCUAUACCUGCAUAAAUGGUUGGUUUUUUUUUCAGAGAGAAUCUGCCUAUAUAUUUGUAUUAAUAUUUUGUAUUUCACAUAUAACUGUAACUAUUAACUUUUUUUAAAUUGAUUUUUAUUCAUUUUCAAAUAUUUUACAAGACAUACAAUACAUCAUACUUAUAGAUAACUAAACAUGAUUGUUGUCAUAAGUUGGUGACAAAAAUACUUACUAUUACAUAUACCUUGUAUACAUUUGAGAAAAUAAUCAAUAUGUACAUACAUGUACACACUGUUCAACUAGACAAGGAAAAAGAUAAAAAAAAAACCAAAAAAAACAAC